AUGUCUAAACAACAAAUGAAUAAAAAGAAUGAACAACGAUUUAUUGAAACAUGUUUAAAACGAUUAGAAAAAAAUAAAAAAGAAUCAAUAAAUCACCUGGAAAGGCCUAAAGAAUGGUAUAAUUUUACUUCAUCUACAGAUGAAGUACUUGUACCAUCAAAUUGGGUUAGUCGAUUAGAUGAAGCUAAUGCAGUGAACAAUCAUCUAGAGUAUCUUCGUGAAAAAAUUGAACAAGAUUUUCCUGAAGAUAAUGAAAAAAUUGAUCGAGAAGCAGCAUAUUGUUCAUCAGCUUUACAUAAAAUGCAACAAAAUAAAUUUCAUCAACGUCUUCAUGAUCAUCAAAUGCGAUGGCACCCUGUUGUACUAGUUGGUGAGCUUGCAGCUUCAUUACCUAAACCUACAACAGAUCCAGCUGAAAUUGAAAAACAGUUGUACAAAUCUUUAUUAAAUAAUAAAUAG